AAUUUUCCUCCAGCGGUUAUAUCCAAAGUCAAUGCCAAUCCCACGAUUCUUGCUAACUGAUAUUUAAUUCCUUUUUGCUAAUAUGAGAUUUUCGCGGCCCAACAUUACUCAGUAUAUUUUCGUUAAACUAAGGAACCAUGACGAAAAAUCCAUUUUAAUUUUGUGGACGUCUUUUUUUAACUAUUGAAAUAUUGUUUUUUUUUUUUUUUGAGGGGAGAAAUAUUGUUAUCUUGCUACUUGUCGAUAGUCAAAAGUCACUCAACAUUUUCCUAAUUAUAUAUUGUUCGUAUGAGCCGUCUCCUAUCAACAAAUAAAUCAAUCAUUGAUAAUUUGAUAUGGACUCCUGAACUAAGUCCUAUAAAUUAUGGGAGUGAUUAAGGCGAUUUCGUCCAAGUGGUAACACUAAAGUUGAGGGAAUUAAUUUUCGAAGUUGUUAGGUGGUAACUUAGUCUAAAUUCUUGAAGGAAUAAAAUGUCAGCUCAAACCUCACAAAACCUGAAAUUUCGUCCAGUUGCUAACUUUCAACCUUGCCAUUGGGGUGAUCACUUUCUUAACAUCACCCAUCCCCAUCAUCACGAGGCAGUGCAAGUUCAAAAGGAGCAAGAAGUGAAACAACUUAAAGAGGCAGUGGAGAAGAGACUUCUGGAGACUAAGGGCAAUCCACUUGAGCAAUUAACUUUCAUUGAUGCAAUUGAACGUCUUGGGGUAGCAUAUCACUUCGAAGAGCAGAUUGAAGAAGCUUUGAAGCAAGUAUAUGACAACUUCCAUGACCAAUGUGCCGAGGAUGAUCUUUACCAUGUUUCCACUCGAUUUCGUAUACUUAGACAACAUGGUUUCCUUGUGCCUUGUGAUGUGUUUAACAAGUUCAAGGAUGAAAAAGGAAGCUUUGAGGAGUCCUUGACGAAGGACGUUCCUGGAUUGUUAAGCUUGUAUGAGGCUUCGCAUGUUCGAAUUCAUGAUGACAAGAUCCUGGACGAAGCCCUUGCAUUUUGUACUACUCAUCUCAAUGGUAUGGUUGACCAAUUAAGCCCUCCACUUGCGGAUCAAGUUGCGCAUGCCCUUCACCAGCCUAUGCAUAAGGGAAUGCCGCGAGUAGAGGCUAGGCACUACAUCUCCAUUUAUGAAAAGGAUCCCUCAUGCAACAAGACUUUACUCAAGUUUGCAAAACUAGAUUUCAAUUUGCUUCAAACCUUACACCAGAAGGAGCUCAAAGAUCUAAGAAGGUGGUGGAAAGGACUACAUAUGAAUGCGUCAUUCAGUAGAGACAGGUUGACCGAGGCGUAUUUUUGGAUCGUAGGAGUCUACUAUGAACCCCAAUUUUCUCAGGCUCGAAAAUUAUUUCGAAAAAUCUUCAAGUCAACAUCGCUAAUGGACGAUACAUAUGAUGCAUAUGGAACUAUUGAAGAACUUGAAGUCGUCACUGAGAUGUUUCAAAGGCUUUCAUUUCCUUUGCUAGAGCACUUUGGGAACAAUGGAUUGUGCCAUCGAUUAGAGAAACCAUUUUGCAACCAACAGGCUGCUGGGCACUUGUACAGCGAGAAGAGCAGAGCCACUGGCAGCUAG